AUGUGCGCCAGCUCGGCCGACGCCUCCUCGUGCGCCCAGCUGACAGGCAUGAGGGGACCAGCGGAGCCCGUUGGACCUGGCAGCGCGAUGCAAGUGUUCGGCACGACGGCGCAUCCACCGCCCUCGUUCGUCGAGUACCAGCGACUGCAACUGUUCGACUACAGCCAGGCCAGCCGGCUGCGCAUCGUGCAGCCGGGUCUCCUGGGCGCUUACGCCGGUGCCUUCGGCCCGUACGCGCCACCUCCUGGAACCGAGAGGCCUGUUCGGCUUCCCGCCUUUCUUCCGGUUCGACCCGAGGUCUCGGUUCGUCCAGGAGAGCCCAAGCCUCAGCACAGCUACAUCGGGCUCAUAGCGAUGGCCAUCCUCAGCUCGGCGGAGAAGAAGAUGGUGCUGAGCGACAUCUACCAGUACAUACUGGACAACUACCCGUACUUCCGGAACCGGGGUCCCGGGCUGGCGAAACUCGAUCCGCCACAACUGUCGCUCAACGACUGCUUCGUCAAGGGCCGGCGCGCGCCAACGGCAAGGGCCACUACUUGGGCCAUCCACCCGGCCAACGUGGACGACUUCAAGAAGGGCGACUUCCGACGCCGCACUCAGCGUAAAGUGCGCAGACACAUGGGUCUCUCGGUGCCCGACGACGACGACAGCCCGACGCCGACGCCGCCCCCUCCCCAACCUCCCGCGCUCCAACCUCCGGUCGAAGCGCAGCACACGGCGACCGGCAACCAUCUGGGGCGAGGACGGCACGGCCCGGGCCUGACGCACAAGCUGUCGGUGACUUUCAAAGACGCCAGUUCGACGUCGAGAGUCUUCUGGCGCCGGACCCGUCGCCGCUAG